AUGUGGCUCGACCGCAUCUCCGGUCAUUCGACGCCCGCCGGUCCUCAACCUGAUAGUCGCAGUAACUCACCUCUCCCUCGCCGGUCUUCCUCUCGUCUCUCCCCCUAUGCGCAACAGAACUCGCGGCCCGGACCGAGUCGACCAGCUUCCUCCUUAUCUGUCCUCUUAACCCCUAGCGACUCGACCAGUUCUCUCCCCGCAACGGCACGUGGAGAUGGGUACGCCUUCAAACAGAACGCUGUAGGGGGCCGUCCAUCAGACGUGGCCGAUCCAUUGGAAGUCUUGAAUGGAAUUCUAGGAAAACAGAGGACGGAAAACCGCAACUCCGACGCAUCACUACGCCCCGAGGCAGACACGAAACCCGCCCAGCUGGUGGAAGACAUUGAUUUUGAGGGUCUGAGCUUGGAAGAAUUCGUCGCCAAACAAGAUCAGCCGAGACGAGCGGCCAACAGUGGAGUUGAUGCGCAGACCCUUCAACAAUUUGAGAAAGAACGAGAUAAGUUCCAGGAUCUCCAUUCGGCGAUCACGGGGUGUGAUGAUGUGUCCAAAUCGGUGGAAAUGUAUCUGAGUGAGUUCCAGACGGAACUUGGUGCCGUCUCUGCGGAAAUCGAGUCGCUCCAGACCCGAUCCAUCCAGCUGAACGCGAUGUUGGAGAAUCGACGGAAGGUGGAGAAACUGCUUGGACCCGCGGUGGAGGAAAUCAGUAUCUCUCCUGCCGCUGUGCGACAGAUCGCGGAAGGUCAGAUUGAUGAUAAUUGGGUUAAAGCGUUGAACGAAAUCGAGGCCCGAACCGCCAGCAUCGAGGCCAAGGUCUCGAGUUCUAACACAACCAAGUCCAUUGAAGAUGUGCGGCCACUGUUAGAAGACAUCAAGAAGAAGGCCGUCGAGCGGAUUCGAGAUUAUCUGGUUUCUCAGGUCCGCGCGUUACGGUCCCCGAAUAUCAACGCUCAAAUCAUUCAGCAGCAGCGUCUGGUCAGGUACAAGGACCUGUACAGCUAUAUCUCGAGAGCUCAUCCUACUCUGACGGGAGAGAUCACGCAGGCCUAUAUCAACACAAUGAGAUGGUACUAUCUGUCGCAUUUCACGCGCUAUCUUAAUGCUCUCGAGAAAAUCAAGGUGUACCCGAGCGACCGGAACGAAGUCCUUGGGGGUGAUCCCUCUACCCAAAGACAUAGUAACGUCCCCAGUGGACGAGCAGGUGCAGCGGCGCAUGAUCCUUUUUCGCUCGGAAGAAGAAUUGAUAUACUUCGGACCGCCAACCAUAUGGCGAUGUCGUCUUAUCUGGCGGAGGAAGACACUUCGUACCAUGGACUGGAAGUUCCAUUCCGGAAUUUUAAUCUUGCGCUGGUGGACAACAUCUCAGCGGAAUAUUCGUUCAUGACGGAAAUGUUUUCUACUUUGACUUUCCACCAGAUCUCGCGGAAAGCCGUGGAGAUAUUUGAACCCGUCUUUGGCCUGGGACAGCGACUGACGAAGCAGCUGAUUGAGAAUACCACCGACUCGUUGGGGGUGCUCAUCUGUGUACGACUUAAUCAGCAGGCUGCGUUCGAACUCCAACGGCGCAAGGUACCCGUGGCCGACUCGUACAUCAACGGGGUGAACAUGCAACUUUGGCCGCGAUUCCAGAAGAUCAUGGACAUUCACUGCGAGUCCCUGAAGCGGGUUGGCUCUCAGACUGGGCGAAGUGCGGUGUCGGCCCUGUCGUUAGCUGGCGGCGACGACUUGAAUCGGUCGUCCGCUCCACACUUUCUCACUCAGCGUUUCGGACAGCUGAUGCAUGGCAUCCUGACCCUCAGUAGUGAAGCUGGAGAUGAUGAGCCGGUCUCGAAUAGUUUGUCUCGGCUGUCCGCGGAGUUUGACGCUCUCUUAGCCAAGCUCAGCCGGAUCGGUGGGGAUGCGAAGCGACGAGAGAGGUUUCUCUUCAACAAUUACUCUUUGAUUUUGACCAUUAUUAGUGUAGGUUUGCUUGGCCGAUCGUGA